AUGCCAGCUUACGAGACAGUAUCAUACUGCUGGGGCGACAGUACUGUUUGCUCGGUCAUCUGCCUUGAUGGAGCGUUGGUCGAUUGUCCAGCAAGCGCUGCGCCGGCAUUGACUGCUCUCCGUUUUCCGGACAGCAAUCGUACCCUCUGGAUUGAUGCCAUCUGCAUCAAUCGAUCGAAUCCAGAAGAGAAGAGCCAGCAAGUUGUGCUGAUGAGCGAGGUCUAUCGCGGCACGCGGCAGAACCUCGUAUACCUUGGCGAAGGCGACGACAGCAUCGGGCCUGCUCGAGAAGCAAUCGAAUUGGUCCUGCGGGACAUAAGGCGAGAGACUCGUGAUCUUGAGACCAUGCUGGACCAUCUGUACGACGAGAACGAGGUGUUCUGGUACUCGUCCACUGGCCUGGAUGUGACGUUUGACACCCAAGCUCUACUUCCAUUCUACUCGGGACCCUAG